AUGCUCUUCCCGCUACUAGCUGCCUCGGCCUUAUUGGCCAUUGCCGAUGCUCGUUCUGUUCCGACCGGCUCGUCUUUCUCCUCAGUUAAAUGGUCAAAUUGCACAAUCGCCCUCCCGUCACCUGGCUUCGACUGCGGAACCCUCGAGGUACCAAUUGACUGGGAUAUUCCAUCUGGCGCAAAGGUCCAGCUUGGAAUGUUGCGCCACAAAGCAUCAAAGCCAUCGCGAAGGAUCGGCAGUCUGUUAUUCAACCCCGGCGGCCCUGGAGAUAGUGCGGCCGUCUACGUGGCAGCCGGAAGCACACUAUUUGGCCAGGAUAUCACCGAUCGAUUCGACAUUGUUGGACUCGAUCCUCGAGGAGUCGGCCUCAGUUCUCCAAUCCAAUGUGACCCUGAACUAUACAAUCAGCGGGUCUCCAACUGGCCGUCAAAUCAAACCGAGCUUGAUUCGUUGGUCCAAAAGUACCAGAAACUCGGCGAGAGCUGUCUGAAUAUGACCGGGCCAUUGGUUAAGCAUAUGGAUUCGAUCAGCGUUGCCAAGGAUAUGGAAGCCAUUCGUCAGGGGCUGGGUGAUGAGAAGCUCAACUACAUUGGACUCUCAUAUGGAACAUUGAUCGGACAAACAUACGCCGAACUCUUCCCCGAAAACAUUCGCACAAUGGUUUUCGAUGGCAAUAUGGAUCACAGCACGGAUCCUAUCUCUUACCUGACCGUCAAAUCAUUCACCUACGAGAGCGAAUUAAUCCGCUUCGCUGAUUGGUGUAGCAAGAGCAAGGUGUGCCCGCUGAACGGUACCUCCUCUGACGUUCUGAAGGUCUUCGAUGACCUUGUCAAACAAGCAAACAAAAGCCCUAUCCCCGCGCCCUCAUGCAAGACCAGUGGAUGCCGCGAGAAUGUGAACGGCGAAGAAAUCCAGAACAACCUGAACUCACUACUGUUUGUCAAAUCUGGUCUCCUUGCAACUUGGACAAAGCUUGGACAGUACCUUCUCGAAGCCAAACAAGGAAACGCCACAGGACUCUCCACCACAAUCGCCACGAGCUCAAAGUCCGAUUCGUUCGCGAGUGACGUGAUCAGCUGCUCUGACUGGUAUCACCCGGAAGCCUCCCUCGUGGACCUCAACGAUAAGAGAGAUCUUGCCCGCAGCCUGUGGCCGCAUGUUGGUACAGGUGACUAUGGGCUCAACCGUUGCAUCGGAUGGCCCUUCCCCCAGGUCAACAAGCAACGCAGAGCGAAUAUUCAUGGAACGCCCCGCCUUCUGCUUGUCAAUUCACAGUUCGAUCCGUCGUGCUCGUAUAUCUGGGCGAACGGGCUCCAGGAGCAGAUUGAAAACAGCACUCUACUCACGCGCCGAGGUGAUGGCCACACGUCGUACGUGUUGCAUGGUGAAACAUGGGGUGCAUUGAAUGCCUAUAUUGCCAACCUGACGAUUCCUGCCGACAACACUGUCCUCAACAGCUAA